AUGAAGAUCCAUAUGUGUAUGGAGCUGUGUGGUCCUAUAUGUGUGUCAAGCCGGAUAUAUGGUGCUAUAAAUAUAAGUCCCAUCUCUUCACAAGAUAGCAAAGCAAAGCUAAACACCAUGAAGAUCCAGCACUCAUUUCCUCUUUACUGCUCACUCUUUCUUCUCUUCUUAGCUACUAAUAUUACCCUAAUAUCACCUUCUCAUGGAGCUUUAGGUAAAUGCAAUCCUAGUGACUACAAAGCUCUCAUGAAUAUUAAGAAGUCUCUAAACAACCCUUAUCAUCUUGUUUCAUGGGUUCCAAACACAGACUGUUGCAAAUGGCACGGACUCGCAUGUGAUCCCGAGACCAACCGUAUCAACGAGCUCAACUUGUUUGAAGGUGAUAUCUCUGGCCAAAUUCCAUCCUCGUUAGGGGAUCUUCCUUAUCUGGAAAAUCUAUCUUUCCGGGAAUUUAAGAAGAUCAAAGGUUCGAUCCCACCAUCUAUCACAAAGUUAAAGCAUCUCUAUUUCCUAGAUCUCUCCCAUUUGAGUCUCUCAGGUCCGAUUCCAAACUUCUUUAAUCAGCUUACUAGCCUCAGUUUUCUCUACCUCUCUUCGAAUCAAUUCUCCGGUUCCAUUCCACCAAAUCUUUCGGAACUAAAAUAUAUUAAAACCAUUGACUUGUCCAACAACAGACUCACAGGUUCAGUUCCUGAAACUUUUGGAACAUUUCCUGGUCCUAUUAUACCUCAGUUGUUCUUGUCUCACAACCAGCUCUCGGGUCCAAUUCCAAAGUCUUUAGGUGCUCUGGAUUACUGGAAGAUUGACUUUUCGUGGAACAACUUUGAUGGGGACGCAUCUGUACUGUUUAAUGCAAGCCAUAGUGUGGUAACCCAUAUGAAUUUGUCGUGGAACCAAUUCGAGUUUGAUUUAUCAAACGUCAAGUUUCCAAAGAAUUUAAUGGUGUUGGAUUUAUCACAUAACAAAAUCUUUGGUACAAUCCCUGAAGAAAUUAAGGGUUUGCAAUUGUUGUAUGGGUUGAAUGUGAGUUACAAUAGCCUGUGUGGAAAAAUACCACAUGGAGGGAAAAUGGGGAUAUUUGACAACACUGUUUAUCUCCAUAACAAGUGCUUGUGCGGACCACCAGUGACGACGGGCUGUAAGAAAGAGCUAGAGUGA